GUGUUGAUUGUGUUGUUGUGAGCUGUUGUGUUGCUCCUCCUCCCACCUUCAGUGUCAGAACUUGUACCUAGGAAGAUGAAUACGAAGCUGGCUAGUGGUCACGAGGUGGAGGACAUGAGCGAGGAGUGGCUGGCCAGGAUGGAGCAGGAACAGACGCUCUACAACAAAGGUAUGGUCCGCCUCAGGCCCGGAGGCUGGCUCUACCCGACGCUCUUCACCAAAUAUGCUGACGCCAUCUACAACUACAAGUUCACUGAAGGUGACGUACUUGUGAUGGGAAUGCCCAGGUCUGGGACGACCUGGAUGUUGGAGUUGGUGUGGACGAUGCUUCACAACCCCGACCUGAACCAGAGGGGCAACCUGCCCAUCUUCAUCAGAGCACCGCAUAUAGAGUAGGACACAUUCUUGGUUUAUCAGUGUGAUUGUCUUGGUAACGCCCGGGACUAGGGCUAUAAUUACUGUAUAGUCUGAUUGCUCCUAAUAAAUCGGUAGGUGUGGUUAAAAGAUUUAAUUAGUGUUUAGCUGCUUAGUUCUAAAUGAGCCCCGGUUUAGAUCGCAUUUAUGGAAGACUUUUUCGGAAUGGUAGUUCAGCAAGCUGCAGUAAAUUCGCUAAUUUGCAGACGUACCUUAGAUUAGUUCCCUUUAAUUUUGAAGACCAUGUAAUAUUAGCGAAGAUCUUACAAAAGUUCUUUAAAAUAGUGUUCAUAAAUAUUCUUAACCAUUUUAUCUUGGCAGAAAAUAAAAAUUUUGCCAAGA